AUGCAGACCGACGCCUCGCUGCGCGUGCUGCGCCACCCGCGCGUGUUUGCGCUGGGGGACAUCUCGGUCAGCAGCGGGGGCCGGGAGCAGCCCGCGCUGCCGGCCACCGCCCAGGUGGCAUUCCAGCAGGCCGACUAUGUGGCCUGGAACCUGUGGGCAGCCAUCAACGCCAAGCCCAUGCUCAGCUUCAGCUACCAGCACCUGGGAGACAUGAUGUCCCUGGGCACCACCAGCGGCGCAGUGACGCUGCCCAUCCCCGUGCCGCCGCAGCUGUCGGCGGCGGUGCAGGCGGCGGGGCCGCUGGGGCAGCUGCUCAAGGCGGCGGGCGUGAAGCUGAGCGGCAGCUACGGCGGCGGCGCCGACGGGGUGACGCUGGAGGGGCCGCUGGCGGCCGCGGUACGCCGUGCCGCCUACCUGUACCGCCAGCCGACGCUGGAGCAGCAGCUGAGGGUGGCGGGCGGCUGGGCCCAGUCGGCCAGCAGGCAGCUGAGGGAGGUGCUGGGGGAGGCGGCGGGCAGGGGGAAGUGA